AUGAGAUCAGAGACUUAAAUUAUAGAAAGCAAAUAAAAACUUGAAGGAGAAUUAAAGGCGAAUAAGUAAGAAUAAUAGCAAGUAUAGAAUAACUCAAUAAAUUAAAAUGCCUCUAACUAAAACAAAAAUAUUAAGGUAGGGACAAAGUAACCCUCACUAAAGGACUUGAUAGUAGAUUAAAAAUUGCCUGAACACCAAACUCAUAUCAAAAAGUAGGAAUAGAUAAUAGAGACAAUUGGGCGAAAAUUAUAAUAGCUUCCUGUGAUUUACUCGUUCUCAAUCCUUCAAUUGGACAAGCAGAUUAAUUAGGAUAAAUUUAGACAAGCAUUAGAUGAAUUGUACACUCAUGAUAUGAACAUCAAAAGAUCAAAAAAGUUAUUUUCAAUCUAUAAAAGCAAAGAAUACAAAUAAAAAGCAGAAAAUCCCACAAAACAAUCUCAAGACUCAAAUGAUAAUCUUAAUAAAUCAUAAAGACAUACAUUUUCCACUAGUUUGCACUUUUACAAGCGAGAUCUAACUCCAUUAAAGGAAAACUAUUCGAUGUGCCCUGAUAAAACUCCAUAUAAGUCAAACUUUUAGAAUUAUCAAGGAAGUUUAAUUAGUAAAGGCUUUAAGGAUGAACUGCUAAGUAGCUUAGGGACGGGAGUUAAAUGUGUAUCUUCUAAUGCAAAGAACAGGUCUAUUCAGACUUUUACGAUCGAAGUCGAAAAAUCGAAACUGAAAAGGUUUUAAAGUGAAAACUUUUCAUCUAGCAAUCUAAAUAAGAAGAAGCCAAAGUAGCAAGCAAGCAACGAAUAGAAUGAUGAAACUAAUGGUUAAACUAAAAGAGAAAAUGCAUGGAGCUAGCAGAUUAAAAACAAAAAAAAGUUUAUUCAGUAGGUUGAAGAUAAUAAAAUAGUGAAACAUAGCCAAAAUACGACAUUUCAAAAUAUAUUGCUGUACUAACAGAAUAUGGCUGAGGAGAGAAUGCGUCGGCCAUCUCUGCAUUCAGAUAUUAGAGAAACCUUUCUUGAAAAUCAUCUUGGUGGCAGAUUAAGUGUGCCAACUAUUCUUAAUUAAUAAGAACCAUUUUAUAGUCCCAAUCCUGAAGCGAAAGAUUAAAUAAAUCCUAGACAUGGUAAUCUGCCGAUUGUAAUUUCUUAUAACAAGAAUUUUCUAACUCAGAGAUAACAAGAGAAAGCCUUACAAACAAAAAAAAGUAAUGCUAAAUUAUUGAAAAAUAGCUAAAAUAAAAUAUAAAUGCCAUUUGACUUAUCAUAGCAAGACAACAAUGGUGUGGAUAUAAGAAAUUACGUGGAUUAGUCAGCAACCCCUUAGUAAAUACCAGAAAAAACUUUUUUAAUUAAAGACUCAGAAAAGCAGUAGAGUUAAAUCAAUCUAAGGUCUACUCAAAUGAUAAUGUAGAAUUAAGGCAAUUUAUAAAUUUCUACAGAUUAAAAGCUAUAUCAAGCACCACCUCUAAGAUUUUCAAAUUUUAGCCCUAAAAGUUCCAAUAACAUACAUAUUGAAGAAUUUGACUAGAUGAGUAAUAACGGAAGGUCUCAUAAUAGAUAAUAAUUUGUUGAUCCUUAGCAAUCUUAUUAAGAUCUAGAUUAUUCUAAUAGAAUGAACUACAACAAUGAUAUGUAAAGAGUGCUUAUCAAUAGCCGAGAGUCAGUAGAAAUAGGGCGUUAAAACUCAUCAAGAUAAAAUCUAGAUAGCAAGCAAGGGGAUCGAAGACCUUCUGUAAGCAGAACCAACUCAAAACAAAAACACUAGCAGAAUCAAAAUUAAUAGGUUAUGCAAUAAAAUAAGAUUCCAGCAGAUGAUCCUUAGAUAAGAUUAUCAUCUUCUCAAUUUUUCAGUAGGAGGCUAUUAGAGAAUAAAGCCAAACUUAAAAACUCAAAACAUAGUAAUCUUCCGAUGGCAGCUCCUCCAUCAAUGUACCAAAAAGCUUUUGUCCAGAUUAUUGACCCGAAAUAAGUAUAAUACAACAGCACCUAGCCAUUUUAAGUUGGGUAGGGGCAGCAAAACAUCUACAUUAUUCAAUAAAAUAAGGUUUAAAACGGACCUUAGCAAUAGAUUACUCAGUAGAUCACCUAUAAAGGACCUAGAAUUACUGAUGAGGAUAGAAGCAAAAGCAAUCUUGAGAAAACAAAAAAGAGAGUAUUAAUACCUCCCUCAUAGUUACAGCAAUAAUAAAUAUAAUCUAGCAACGAGUACACAGAAAAUCCUUAGUCUCAUACACAUCCUUAACAUGGAAAUAACAACAAUAAUCAGACGAGACUUCUUACUAGAUAAUCAUCCUCUAAUAGCAUUUUACCUAAGUUAUUGUGA